AUUAGACAGGAAAAGAACGGCAAAAUGUUUCGGGAUCAUAUUCAUUGAGACAGUCAGAGGUUACGAGUCGCUGCCAGCCUUUGACAGUUCAUUAAACCAAGCAAACGAGUCGAUAGAAGAACAAGAAUCUCACUUUCUCCUCUCAGGAUCUGUUUUCUAUUUCGAAAGUCUGUCUGGUGUAAACUGCGAUAGCGGAAGUCGCUCAUCAAGUCGAGAAACAUUGCUGCUGUGGAUUGUAUACUCCAACAAAAAGGACACUUCUUGUGACUUGCUUGUGCGCACUCAAGUCAAUUUCUGUGCAGGUGCGUCUUUAACGAAUUAGAAGUUUUCUAUGGAUUAACGCAAGGACAAUUUGGAAUACCAGUAACCCUAUCUUGGUUUAGGAUAUCGUGGCUUGGAUUCCUUUUCUCCCAAAGGUAAUCUGUCAAACUUUCCAAAAUGACAAUGUAUGAAAACGGCCUAAGCAAUGGCUCCGUCAACGGCAUGAGUCCACCGUAUAGUCCGUUACACUGCAAAACAGACGGGCCUGUCGUCGCAACGCAUACAAAACUCUUGUACCAACUCAACAAAUUCUACGGAGAUAGGGUACAAAGUCGCAAGCACUCCGUGGCUAAAACAAUUCGUGAGGUGACAAAGAUUGUGCACGAGGUGCUCAAGGAAGUCGAGGUGCAGGAACCACGGUUUAUCAGCUCCUUGAACGAGUGCAAUGGACACUAUGACGGCUUGGACGUCAUCUCCCCGAACGAAUUCGAGGUGGUCUUAUACCUCAAUCAGAUGGGUGUUUUUAACUUUGUGGACGAUGGUGCUAUUCCUGGUUGUGCUGUGUUAAAGUUAAGCGACGGUAGAAAACGUUCCAUGUCUCUUUGGGUAGAGUUCAUCACGGCGUCAGGCUACUUGUCAGCGCGAAAAAUUCGGUCGCGGUUUCAGACGCUAGUCGCGCAAGCCGUGGACAAAUGCAGCUUCAGAGACUGUGUCAAAAUGGUGGCAGACACCACUGAAGUGAAGCUACGAGUAAGGGAGAGGUUUGUUGUUCAGAUCACCCCAGCAUUCCGGUGUGCAGGGAUUUGGCCGCGAAGCGCAGCCCACUGGCCGUUACCCCAAUACCAGUGGCCAAACCACAACCACGCAGCGGAGACCAAGUCCGAGGGCUUCAACUUGGUAUCGAAGGAGACAAUUUAUAUGAAGGACAAACAGUCCGCAGCGGAAGGGGACGCAUGGGUCAUCAGUUUCAACGACGCAGAAAAUCGUCUGCUACAGGGAGGUUGCAGGAAAAGAUGUCUCAGUAUCCUGAAAACGAUACGAGACAGGCAUCUAGACCUGCCCGGUCAACCAAUCACAAACUACCACAUGAAAACUCUCCUUCUUUACGAAUGUGAAAAACAUCCCCGCGAAAUUGAAUGGGACGAUAUGUGUGUCGCUGACCGUAUCAACGGGAUUAUCCUGCAGUUGAUAUCGUGUUUACAAAACCGGCGAUGUCCCCACUAUUUUCUGCCAAGCCUGGACUUAUUCAAGGGAAAGUCGACCGCUGCCAUGGACUCGGCCGCAAAACAAGCUUGGCGCAUGUUGCGAGAGCUACUCACAAAUUCUAAAUGUCUGGACAAAUUAUGAGGUGAAUACAACUGUUUAACAGCCAAGUUUUCAGACAAACAUAUAGGUUAAACUUUGACGAAUUCGGAAUAUCUGAAGGAAUAAGAAACUAAAGGACGCCCGAUUGUGAAAUUUAUGCCCAGAAUUGAAUAGAAGGGCAUGGACCAAUUUGUGAUUUCAUACUUUGCCAUUUCCAAGUCACAUCCUUGUGCGAACUGUCACGGACCCGGACUCGGAACAAUUCGCGACUUACACCUGUUGUCGUCUGCGCUUCGCCGUCAAAACAUUAUACACAGACGACUCAUUUUUAAUCAUUUCAUUGAGAUUUCAAACGUUUGCAUUUAUCAGUGUGGUGUAAUUUAUUACCAUAACGCUACAAACAUCGCCAGUCAAACUCUGGUCAAUCUCUCGACCAAAGUCUAUGUGUAACGAUUUUAUGCAGUGGUUCUGCAACAAAUGUUGCAAUGAAGAAGUGGCAUUUCUUUAAAGUGUUGUGUUGUAUGUGUCAAUAAAUGUUAAAGUCUAA